UUCCAUUCCAUCAUCAUCAAUCAGAUUUAGCUCAACAACUGAUUUCAUUACUUUACUCUUCUGUUUUCUUCUACACUUUGCAUUUGCUUCAUUCUAAAAUGGCAACCGGAAUUCUGAGUUUUUCUCCGCUUUCAUCAAACGCCGUCGUUUCACCGACAAACAGAGCUUCCAUUGCACCUUCCUCCGCAUUCUUUCCUAGAGCAAGGCCGUCGCCAUCAGCCAGAGCUCAGGCCGCCGGAGAAAACAAAGACUCCGCCGUCGACGUUCAUGUUGGCCAAGGCGGCGGAGACCAGCGCACCGCCGUCGAACGUCGCCCCCGGCCACUCUCCGCCGACAUAUCUCCUUUCGGAUUGCUGGACAGAGCGUCGCCGAUGCGGUCGAUGCGGAGAAUGCUGGACACGAUGGACAGGCUGUUCGGCGACGUGAUGGCGUACCCCGGCGCGGCGGACGUGCGAUUGCCGUGGGACAUGAGCGAGGACGAGAAUGAGGUGAGGAUGAGAUUCGACAUGCCUGGAUUGUCGAAGGAGGACGUGAAGGUGAGCGUGGAGGAUGAGGUGCUGGUGAUCAAGGGAGAGAGGAAGGUGGACGGCGAGUGGUCGAGCGGGAGCAGCUACAGCUCCUACAGCACGCGGCUGAGGCUGCCAGAAAACUGCGACAAGGAGAAGGUGAAGGCGGAGAUGAAGAACGGAGUUCUGUGCAUCUCUGUGCCGAAGACGAAAGUGGAGAGGAAAAUCGUCGAUGUGGAGAUUCAUGGUUGAACUAAUUCAUGGUGUUUUCGAAUAAAUUGGUGUAAAUAAAAAAAUUACUGCUCUUUAAUAAAUUGGUGUAAAUUACGGAUAACUGGAAGGUCUCCUUAUUUAGUGAUAUUGAAUUUAAAUUUUCGUAA